AUGGUGCCCCCAGGGAAGAAACCAGCGGGAGAGGCCUCCAACUCCAACAAGAAGUGUAAGCGUUACUUCAACGAGCACUGGAAAGAGGAGUUUACCUGGCUGGACUUUGACUAUGAGCGGAAGCUGAUGUUCUGCCUCGAGUGCCGCCAGGCCCUGGUACGGAACAAGCAUGGCAAAGCCGAAAACGCCUUCACUGUGGGCACUGACAACUUCCAGCGCCACGCCCUGCUGCGCCACGUGACCUCAGGAGCCCACCGCCAGGCUCUGGCUGUCAACCAGGGCCAGCCCCCUUUUGAGGGCCAGGCUGAGGGCGGAGAGGCCUGCCCAGGCCUGACUACGACCCCCGCCUCCAGGGGUGUCAAGGUGGAGGUAGACCCGGCCAAAGUGGCUGUGCUGACUACCGUGUACUGCAUGGCAAAGGAGGAUGUGCCUGAUGACCGCUGCUCUGCCCUGCUCGAGCUGCAGAGGUUCAACCUGUGCCAGGCACUGCUGGGCACAGAGCAUGGCGAUUACUACAGUCCCAGGAGGGUGAGGGACAUGCAGGUGGCCAUUGCCAGUGUCUUGCACACAGAGGCCUGCCAGCGCCUGAAGGCAUCCCCAUAUGUGGGGCUGGUGUUGGACGAGACCAGAGACUGGCCGGAGUCACACAGCCUGGCCCUGUUUGCCACUUCGGUGUCCCCCUGUGAUGGCCAGCCUGCCACCACCUUCCUGGGCAGUGUGGAGCUACAGGAGGGUGAGGCCACUGCUGGCCAGCUCUUGGACAUCCUGCAGGCUUUCGGCGUAUCUGCACCCAAGCUGGCCUGGCUCAGCUCAAGCCUCCCCAAUGAGCGCCUGGGGAGUGUGGGCCCACAGCUCCGGGCCACUUGCCCACUGCUGGCAGAGCUGCACUGCCUCCCUGGCCGCACAGAUCCUGAGCCCCCCGCCUACUUGGGUCAAUAUGAGAGCAUAUUGGAUGCUCUAUUCCGCCUCCAUGGUGGUCCUAGUUCCCACUUGGUCCCUGAGCUCCGGGCAGCACUGGACCUUGCAGCUAUUGACUUGGCAGGGCCUCGGCCAGUGCCCUGGGCCUCCCUGCUGCCUGUCGUGGAAGCAGUGGCAGAGGCCUGGCCUGGCCUGGUGCCCACCCUGGAGGCUGCAGCCCUUGCCUCACCUGUGGCGGGGUCACUGGCCCUGGCCCUGCGCCAGUUCACCUUCGUGGCCUUCACCCACCUGCUGCUGGAUGCCCUGCCCUCUGUGCAGAAGCUCUCCCUUGUCCUGCAGGCGGAAGAGCCGGACAUGGCCUUGCUGCAGCCCCUGGUGAUGGCGGCUGCGGCCUCCCUCCAAGCUCAGCGCGGCUCAGGUGGGGCCCGCCUCCAGGGCUUCCUGCAGGAACUGGCAUCCACGGACCCUGACACCAGCAGCGGGCGCUGCACCUACCGCGGCGUGGAGCUGCUCGGUUACUCAGAGGCUGCGGUCCGGGGCUUGGAGUGGCUCCGGGGGUCCUUUCUGGACUCCAUGCGGAAGGGCCUACAGGACUCCUACCCCGGGCCUUCGCUGGACGCCGUGGCCGCCUUCGCGAGCGGGGUCGGGGAAGGCCGGGGGGGCCACGUGGUGAAGAUCGCAGUGGAUGGGCCCCCGCUGCACGAGUUUGACUUUGGGUUGGCUGUGGAGUUCUUAGAGACAGGCCCGGCCUCCAGCGCCCCCAGCCCCCUGCUGGCCUCCCUGCCCCUGCCCACCCGGCCUCUGCAGCCCCCGCUGGACUUCAAGCACUUGCUCGCCUUCCACUUCAAUGGCGCUGCCCCGCUCAGUCUCUUCCCCAACUUCAGCACGAGGGGAUAG